AUGGCACUUGCUUUCGGUAACGUCCCCUCAGGUGCGACUGUCAUCCCAUCUCCUUUCCAGGUCCAUAUUCGGGACGAGCAAAUCGAGGAGCUGCAGCUAUUGGUCAAGCUGUCAAAGCUCGCACCUCCAACAUACGAAGGUCUUCAGCAGGAUCGUAAAUAUGGUAUAACCAAUGAUUGGCUCGCCAAUGCAAAGGAGGCUUGGAAGAGGUUUGAAUGGCGAUUAGCAGAAAGCCGUAUCAACAGCUUCCCUCAGUUCACGUAUGAUAUCGAGGGCCUGACCAUUCACUUUGUGGCUUUAUUCUCCGAGAGAAAGGAUGCAAUCCCUAUUGUUCUUCUCCACGGCUGGCCAGGCAGCUUUCUCGAGUUUCUUCCCGCUCUGACUUCAAUUCGGGACAAAUAUAGCCCAGAAAACCUGCCAUACCAUAUUGUGAUUCCGUCGCUUCCGGGGUUCACGUUCUCAUCUGGUCCUCCGCUGGAUGUUAACUUCACUGGCGUUGAUACGGCCCGCGUUAUCAACAAGGUGAUGCUCAAUCUCGGUUUCGAGGAUGGCUAUGUGGCACAAGGUGGAGACAUUGGAUCAAGGAUCGGUCGCAUACUUGCAGUUGAUCAUGAAUCUUGCAAAGCUGUGCAUUUGAAUGCGUGCUAUAUGGGAAAGCCCUCCAACGUACCAGACACCGCUAUUACUGAGGAAGACAAACGCGCGCUGGCUCGCGCUCAGUGGUUUGGUACCUAUGGCAGCGGAUAUGCUCUCGAGCAUGGUACUCGACCCAGCACGAUCGGUAACGUACUAUCCACAAAUCCGGUGGCGCUGCUCGCCUGGAUUGGAGAGAAGUUCCUCGACUGGGCUGAUGAGGCUAUACCCUUGGAGACUAUCCUGGAAUCUGUAUCACUGUACUGGUUUACUGAAACAUUCCCCCGGUCUAUCUACCACUAUCGGGAGAACGUCCCGCCGCCCAAGCUGAGACAGGCCGAAGACCCCCGAUGGUACAUCCGCAAGCCAUUUGGCUUUUCAUAUUAUCCGAAGGAGCUUGUACCCACCCCACGCGCUUGGGUUGAGACAACCGGAAACCUGGUGUUCUGGCAAGCUCACGAGAAGGGAGGACAUUUUGCAGCGUUGGAAAGACCACAGGACUUCCUUGAUGAUUUGACGGCGUUCUGUGAACAAGUAUGGGCUGGAAGAAAAUGA